CCAAACACUGCAUCCGAGUUGGCAGCAUCGCGCCGCAGCAGCUGUCACAACGGCAAGAAGAAGAACUUUGACAGCUGCGCCGCCACAGAAACGGAGAAAAACAUUUUACGAUGGGGAACGCACUGAAUCACUACCUGAAACCGGAUGUCUUCCCCGGACCGGAUGUGGUGCCCACAUUUGAUCCGUUGCUGGGUUUCGAGGGCCGUAAGGAGCGUGUGAUGAUCGCCACCCAGGAGGAGAUGGAGUCCGCCAAGCUGCCGCUCGAUGCCCGGGACUAUUGUGCCCAUUUGGCCAUCAAGUACCAGGCCUGCCGCACGGACACCUUCCCGUUUGUGUACAAGUGUGCCCACGAGAAGCACGAGUACCUGACCUGCGAGUACGAGGACUACGUUCUGCGCAUGAAGGAGUUUGAGCGUGAGCGUCGGCUGCUGGAGCGCCAGAAGCGUCUUAACAAGGCCGCCUAGUCUAAAUCAUCGUUAACCUACUCCUACAAAAAAAAAACCCCCUUCUACACACGACCCGGAGGCAGCGGCGGAGGCAGCAGUAGCCGCUACCGGCAGGAGGAGCUCCUGACUGCGCCAGGAUCCACACUGCCACUGUCCACGUUGCCUGUUUGCAAGCGAGUUUUCACGCGGAAACGCCAAUAAACACCAUAUGCUAGUAAUAACAUGGA